AUAAAAACGAGUCCAUUUCUCUCAACUCUCAGACCGAAUCAUCCAGAUGACUUCUUCUACUCAACCACCAACCAUCCCGAAGUACGAUGUCUUUCUGAGCUUCAGAGGACUCGACACUCGCCGCAGCUUCAUCAGCUUCCUCUACAGAGAACUCCUCCGAAGGAACAUCCGCACCUUCAAAGACGACAAGGAGCUCGAGAGCGGCCGGAGGAUUUCCCCGGAGCUAGACCGCGCCAUCGAGGAGUCCAAGUUCGCCGUCGUGGUGAUCUCCGCGAACUACGCAGCGUCCACUUGGUGCCUCGAAGAAGUCGUCAAGAUCAUGGAUUUCGAGAACAGAGGCUCCCUCACCGUGAUCCCCGUCUUCUACGGCGUUGACCCGUGUCACGUGAGGAGGCAGAUCGGAGAAGUCGAUAGACAGUUCGAGAAGCACGAGAAGAGAGAGGAUCACGAGAGAGUCCUCUCUUGGAGGCAAGCGUUGACCAAUCUCGCGAGUAUCUCCGGCGUUUGCACAUUGAAAUGUGAAGAUGACUCGAUGAUGGUGGACGAGAUUACUGAGAGGAUAUCAACGUUGAUUGAAACAACGAGAAAACCGACAAGGACGGGAAGUAACCUAGUGGGGAUCGACGCACACAUGAAAGCUCUGUCGCGGUUACUAGAUCUGAACUCGAACAAGUCUGUGAGAGUGGUCGGCAUUUGGGCAAGAGGAGGCAACGGUAGAUCGGCUCUAGCUAAGUUCGUGUAUCAGAACAUCCGUCAACACUUCGAAAGCCAUUGCUUCUUGGAGAAUGUGAAGAGGAUAUCUCAGGACCGGCACAUGUCGCAUCUACACCGAGAGGUUCUGAAGAGGGUGCAAGUAGAAUCGAACCAGAAGGUUCUGCUUGUGGCGAACGAGGUUAACAAACUUGAGCAGUUAGAUGCUCUCGCAGAGGAUUUCAGCUGUUUUGGUCCGGGGAGUAUAGUUAUCAUCACUACACAAGACAAGCAGCUUCUUGUUUCUGCAGGGAUAAAGCUUGUUUACGAAGUAGAGCUUCUGAGGUUCAGGAAGGUCCGUGAACUAUUCAGACAGUUAGCCUUCAGAGAGAGAGCCUUUUCUGCAGCUUUCGAGUCGGUUUUGUGUAGGGGAACGAAUCUUGCAAUGGAAUGGUUAGGUUGUCUAGGUGUUAGAUCUGGUUAAGGGGGAAAGUGUGUAUUAAGUUUAGUAUAUGACUAAACUUAGUAACAUUUUUGGCUAAUAAUUAGGAAUGUUUUAUUCUAUUUUUGGAGUGAGUUUACUGGUGUAUAGAAGAAGAAUUAUCAUUCUUGAUUUUGAUUAAAAUAAUUUACAAAUU